AUGCAAUAAAAUUUCUUACCUAAAGAGUAAAACAAAGUAUUAACAUAAAUAGAGUAAAUUAACUUUGUGAAAAAUUUGACCAAAGAAAAAAAAAUAAAUGAGAAAGACUCACAAUCAAUUAUUGAGUACAUUGAAAAAAAUCAACACCUUUCUCCAAUUAUUUAACAUGCCUUUGGAUUUGACUUUUACAAUAAUGCUGAAUUUUUACAGCUAAUUUAUAUGGAUGAUGAUUAUAUUACCUAUUUAAACAAGUUGGAAUCUCUGAAAACAAGUAAAAAUGAAAAUUCAAUCAACUAGAUUAAAAAGACUAUUUUACAUCUAUUACAAGAUUAGUAAUUUAAUGAAACAUAGAAUUUUUCUUCAUCUUCCUCUAUUGAGUUAGAAGACACAAUUCUUCUCUGGAAUUUGGUUAAAAAACAAUUUCAAUAAGUUCUUCAACCCUCUUAACUAUUAGUUGUCCUAGAACUAUAUGAGCAUGGGUCGAAAGGAAGAAUAGCAGAAAUUUCUCCUGGAGAAGGGAAAACUUUGAUUACAGCCCUCCUAGCAAUACUAUUAGUAAAGAAAAAGCUAAAGAAUGUCUAUAUCAUAAUCGGUUCAAAUUCUUUGGCUAUUCAAAAAUCCAAAGAAUUAACAUAAUUUUAUAAUUUAUGUAAUGUUUCAGUUUCCUAUAAUAUCAAUGACUAAAUUGGGCAUUCUGAAUAAAUGAGCUCUAGUUAUUAAAAUUAAGUCAUUUAUGGAGAUGUUUUGAGCCAUCAAAAGAGUAAUAAAUAUGGAGUAUAAGGCUAUAUUAUUUUGAAUGAUGAGAUAGAUUCUUUAUUUCCUGUAGGCACUUCAACGGAUUCAUAUAUUCAAAUUAAAACUAAGUUUUAAUAAAAUAUUUUAUUUUAUUAAGAAAGAUUGUUGGGAUUAACAGGAUUUUUAGGAUCAGAAGAGUAAAGUUUUUUAGCAAAGAAGUACAAUCUUGACUGUGUAUAAAUUUCUGCUCAUUCACAAAAUCCCAUAGAUGAAUUACAAGGAAUAACAAUGAAAUCUGAACAUGAAUGGUUUAAUAAUAUUAUUAAUGCAGUAUAAGAAUAAAAAUAAAAUAAUAAAGCUGUGUUGAUCAUUGCUUAAAGUGAAGGUGAAAUGAAUAAAAUAUAUAGAGAAAUAUCUAGGUCUUAAAAGAUCAUCAAAUAUACAGAAAAUGAUAAGAUCUCUAAAAUUGAAAUUGAACCUUAUAGUACAAAUAUUGCAACAUAUCAAUUGAUUUUAUUAAUAAUUACAAAAAUAAAUGCACAAUUAGAACAGAAUGGAGGGAUACAUGUGAUCAUGUCAUUUUUACCUUAAAGUAGUAGAUUAAAAGAAUUAGGGUUUGCUAGAAUAUUUAGGCAAGGGAUAAAAGGAUCAAAGUAAAUGAUAGUGCAAAUGAAAGAGAGUUAGAAAUGUAAUUCAAUUGGAAAUAAUUCUUAAUUGCACAUAUCAGAAAGGGAAUAAGAAAAUAGUGAUUGCUUGAAUUUAGAGAAUCUUAAAUUACUUACAAAGUAAAACGAAUAAUGCAUUUACGAGAUUGAAAAAGAUUUGAAAGAAUAAGGCGAUUGUUAAAUGAAUUAAGCUUAAGAUGAAAAACAAAAGAAGUUGUUACAACAAUCUAUCAUGAAUUAAUAAUAGAAUCUGAUUGCAUAAAAAUUGAACAAUUUUUAUAAAAAUGACGAAUCUUAUUAACAAGAAAUUACCUAAGAUUCUAUUUAAUAUUAUGGCUUUAUUAAAAACCUGCCAGUUGAAACAAAUGAAAAUAGAUUCGUUGCAUCAUCUGUUUUACCUGCUUUAUCUAAUAUCCAACAUAUUGUUUUAGAUGAUAGAAAAAUGUAUAUGACAGAAAAAUAAUAAUAGAUUUUAUGCUUAAAGCACAAUGUAGAAGCAACUUAUGUCUUUUGUGAUGAGUAGUUGAAAGGUUAAGAAAAAUUAGGAUGUGAUCAAUGUCUAAAUGAAAUGGAUAAAAUAUGUUGUGAGAAAUUGGAAUUUCGAAAAGAAUAAAUUUUUAAGAGAAAAAUGAAAGCUAGAGAUUAAAUUUAGGGUCUUAUGUCAUACUACUUAGAUGAUUUUAAUUCAAUGAUUGAAAAUUUGAAGAAAGAAUCGAAAAAUUUAUAAUCUUUUUUAGAGCAAUUUCAAUUAAAUGUCUGUAAGUUUGAAGAAAGAAUCAAGAAUUAAAUAGAAUAACUAAACUAUUUUAGUCUAUUAAAAGAGAUUGAUUAUAUGAAUGCAACUGAGAAUUUUCUGAUUGAAAAUGAAAAAAAAGAAAUGUAAGAGUAAAUUGCUUUAUUUGUUAAAUAGUUUUAAAUGAAACUUAAAUAAGAAUAAUAACAAUUCUAAAAUCUAAUUUAGAAAUUCAACGACAGUUUGGAUAUCCCUCCAAAAUAUCAAGAGAUUAACCAUAAAUUAUUAUAUGAAUUCGAAUAACAAGAAUUAUGUUAAGUUUUAACUUUUAAUUUUGAUAAUUCUAAAAUAAUUGCUGGUCAAGGUUAAAAUCUAAAAGUAUGGGAUUUCCAAUAGGAUAAGAUGAUUGAUAAUAAAAUUGUACUUAAAGGACAUGAACAAAAUAUAAGAAGUAUAAUUAUAAGCAAAAAGCGGAAUUAUUUAGUAUCUGAAAGUGAUGACUCUUUUUUAAUAUGUUGGAACUUGAGCGAUGACAAUUAAGGUUGGUAGCAGAAAUUAACCAAAAAAUUAAAUUCAAGCAAGAUUACAUACCUAAUUAUGAAUGAGGCAGAAGACUAAUUGAUUUGUUGUAGUUCAACAGGAAAAAUAGGGAUCUACAAAAUAAUUUAGCAAGAAAACAUAGUUGAAGAAAUAUAAAAUUUGUUAAAACAUAAUAAAUAAGUAAAUUGUGCAAGCUUAAGUAAAUCGCAUGAUACUAUGGUAUCAUGUGAUGAAGAUGAUCAAAUUAUAAUUUGGACAAAAAAUUAGAGAGGAUUAUGGAAUUUCACAUAGUCAAUUGAUGCUUCAGGUUCGAGAAUCUUAAGUGCUUUUUUUUAAUCUAAUGACAAAAUAAUUACUUUUACUUCUAAUGGAAAAAUAGAAGAAUUCAUCAAAAAGAAUAAUGAAAACUUCUAUAGCCAUAACUUAAGAUCUGACAUUAAUAGCCACUAAAAGAUUUGCAAUAGCCCUUACGAAUUGGUUUAUAAUGAAAUGAGGUAAUUAUUCAUUAUUAAAAAUCCUUAAAAGAUAUUUUUUAUUACACAAUUUAGUCUAUAAUUAUAGAAUAUUCCAAAGAAUUCCAUAAAUUGCAAUGAAAAUACAAAAGUCUUUAAUAUCUCUAAGAAUGGAAAGUAUUUAGUGACAUGGAUUGGACAACCAAACCCCAAAUUCAAAGUCUAUGAAAUUUAAUAUGAUUAAUGA